UCGGCAUCAACCAAAAUGCUCACAUGCUGGAUUUCCUCAUUUUUCCGUGAAACUGCAUUAUCGCGCUCAUUGCACGCCGCAGCUACUUCACUGUAUAACAGCAUUGAACGGUGCGGGUACAGCCGGAAGUGUGGCUAUUUAAGCAGUGUAGUGGAGGAGAAUUUUCCUGCAAGUGACCUUUAUCCUGUAUCAUUUAUUCCGCUGUUGAAUUUGAUUGAGAGGAAACACUUCUGUUCAUCACAAUUUAUUUUGAAAAUGACCACCUACACGGACAAAGGACCAAAGCCGGAAAAAGGAAAAUUCUUGAACUUUGACCACAUUUCCUUCUGGGUCGGCAAUGCGCUACAGGCGGCCACCUUCUACUGCACCCGCAUGGGAUUCAAACCGGUGGGCUACAAAGGUCUGGAGACGGGCUCUCGGGAUAUCGCAGCACAUGUUGUCCAGCAGAACAAGAUUCGUCUAGUGUUUAUAUCGCCUUAUGAUCCCGGAAAUCAAGAAUAUGGAGAGCAUCUUAUCAAACACGGCGACGGCGCCAAGGAUGUCGCAUUUGCUGUCGAGGAUCUGGACGGAAUUGUUCAAAAAGCCAAGGAAAGAGGUGGUACCGUCGUCAAAGAUAUCUGGACCGAAUCCGACGAAUACGGCACGGUGCGGUUCGCCACGGUGCAAACGUAUGGAGACACGACGCACACAUUAGUUGAACGGGGGAAUUACAAAGGUACCUUCCUUCCCGGCUUCGCUCCCUCACCGAUCGCCAACGAUCCUCUUCUGGGACAACUUCCGGAAGGUCAUCUGGAUUUCGUGGAUCAUGUCGUGGGCAAUCAGCCGGAUUUAGAAAUGACCCCGGUUGCCGAAUGGUACGAGAGGGUGCUGCAGUUCCAUCGUUUCUGGUCCGUGGACGACAGCCAGAUCCACACCCAGUAUUCCGCCCUGCGCUCCAUCGUGGUGGCAAAUUACGAGGAGACCGUCAAAAUGCCGAUUAAUGAGCCGGCUAAAGGUUUCAAGAAGAGCCAGAUUCAGGAGUAUGUGGAUUACUAUGGAGGAGCUGGUGUGCAGCAUAUUGCGCUCAACACGUCCGACAUCAUUGCUACUAUAACCAAUCUCAAAGCACGGGGGCUACAGUUCUUGGAAGUGCCGAAAUCCUACUACGAUAACUUGCGAGAACGCCUCAAAUCUGCGAAGAUAAAGGUCACCGAAGAUUUGGACAAGCUGGAAAAGCUGAAAAUCUUAAUUGAUUAUGACGAUAAUGGGUAUCUACUGCAAAUCUUCACCAAACCGGUGCAGGAUCGUCCGACCCUCUUCUUCGAGUGCAUUCAGCGUCAUAAUCACAGUGGAUUUGGAGCCGGAAAUUUCAAGGCCUUAUUCGAGGCCAUCGAGGCGGAUCAGGAUGCUCGCGGUAACUUAUAAAUCGCACCCGCCACAAGAACUGUUCCCGUAUUGCUUAAUUGGAAUCCAACCUUACCGUGCUACUGUCUUAUAUGCGUAUGCGCGGCUAGCGUGUUAUUUACACUUUUGGAUCCGUUUAAUAUGCAAAUGUAGCUUUUGGAGACUUGAUUAUAAAAAAGAUGUUAUAGUUGGUGUAUUUAAUCAGAAGAUUUUGGCAAACGAACCGAAUGACUAGAAAGCAUAAUAAAUAGCUGUUACUACUGUAAA